AUGGCGUUUCGCCCGCCAUCGUCGCACGGCCAGGGGCACGGCGGCGAGGUGAGGGGGCUUGGGGGGCGCGCGGAGAAGCCGGGCGGCGAGGGGAAGGUGCUCGGGCGCGCGGAGAAGUCGGGCGGAGAGGGGCGCAGCCAUGGGCGCGCGGAGAAGCCGCCGACGAGCAUGAAGGACGGCAGCUGGAUCUCCGCGGACGCGCUCCAGCAGCAGCACGGCGCACCAUGGAACGCGCAGGCGGGGCGGGCACGACGCCUGAAGCCGCGCGCGUGGCGAGCUGCGUUCGACGCGGAGGGGCGUCUCGUGCGCAUGCCAGCCGUUCUGCGCGCUGUGCUGGACGGGGUGAGAAUGGGGGGAAGCAGGCGGGGGAGGGAGAGCGUGGGGGGAGCGGGCGGGACAGUAGGAAAGGCAAGGGGUGGGGGGGAUCUGUCGGAAGGGCGUCCCCGUCUCGUGCGCAGCAGCAAGCAGCCAGUGCCAAUGCCAACUGCUGUUUCCUUCCUACAUGCUCUCCUCCUUUCUCUGUGCCUGGUGCGUGUUUGGGUGGUGCUUGCGUGGCGUGUGUCUGGCGUGUGCCUGGCGUGUGCCUGGUGCGUGCCUGGCAUGUGUGUGGCACGUGCAUGUGUGCGUGUUGCAUACAGGGGGUGGAUCGGUCGAUACGAGGGGAGGUGUGGGAGUUCCUGCUGGGGUGCUUCUCUCUCGACUCCACCGCUGAAGAGCGCAACUACGUGCGCGCCGCCCGCCGGGAGCGGUAUGAGCAGCUGGUGCAGCAGUGCGCGCGCAUGCAUGGACGGGUGGGCACGGGGCAGCCGUCACACACCUAAGCGAACACUCCCCUUUCCCUCCCUUUCCCACGUCCUCCCUGCUGCUAAACCCCAAUCAGGGAGCGGUAUGAGCAGCUGGUGCAGCAGUGCGCGCGCAUGCACGGGCGGGUGGGCACGGGGCAGCCAUCACACACCUAAGCGAACACUCCCCUUUCCCUCCCUUUCCCACGUCCUCCCUGCUGCUAAACCCCAAUCAGGGAGCGGUAUGAGCAGCUGGUGCAGCAGUGCGCGCGCAUGCAUGGACGGGUGGGCACGGGGCAGCCGUCACACACCUAAGCGAACACUCCCCUUUCCCUCCCUUUCCCACGUCCUCCCUGCUGCUAAACCCCAAUCAGGGAGCGGUAUGAGCAGCUGGUGCAGCAGUGCGCGCGCAUGCACGGGCGGGGAGCGGUAUGAGCAGUUGGUGCAGCAGUGUGCGCGCAUGCAUGGGCGGGUGGGCACGGGGCAGCUGGCCUUCCCCGUGGGUUCGCGCAUCAUGGACGUCCGCAUCCUCACCGCCCGCUCCUCUGAGCCUCCUACCGCCGCCGCCGCCGCUGCGGAUUCUACCGCUCCUGCUGCUGCCACUGCCGCCGCCGCUGCUGCUGGUGGUGCUGGCAGUGGUAUGGAUGGCGGUGGGAGGGGCGGCAUUGGUAGGGACGGCAGGGGCGCAGAGGAGGGCAGCUUCAGGCAGAGCAGCGUUACAACAACGAUGGUGACAGUGGCUGCUGGUGCCACCACCACCACUACCACCACCACCACCACUACCACAAGCACCACGACCAUCAGCAGCAGCAGCACGGGCAUUCCAGCUAGCAGCAUUGGCAGACCGGGUAGUGGCAGCAGCAGCGGCAGAAUUUCCACUCCCUCCACCCCGGCCAUCAGCAGCAGCAGCGGCGUUACCAACUCCCUCACCAGCACCCCCACUCCCACCACCACCAGCAACAGCGGCGGCACCGGCACCAGCAGCAGCAUCGUGCUGCCGCGGCCACGCAGCGGCUCCUCAAGCUCUGCAGCAGACAAGUUCCCGCGCCAGUUCUCCGAUAAGAGCGCCGGGAGUGGCAGCAACCCAACGUUUCGCAUGGAACAGCUGAUGGAGGAGGGCGGGCCGCGGUUGCACUCGUCGUCCUUCUCCUUCCCCCUCGACCUGCUUGACCUUGAAGACCCAAGGGCACUGCUUGGUGGUGGGGGGGGGGAGGAGGACGAGGAGGAGGAUGAUGAGGAGGAUGAUGAGGAGGGGGAUGGGGAGGAGGAGGGGGAGGAUGGGGAAGGGGGGGAUGGGGAGAAGGAAAGGGAAGGGGGUGUGGGCAUGGGACACGAAAAGAGGAAGGCGAAGGGGAGGAAAGGGGCGGAGGGCGGAGGAUGGGGAGGGGGAGGUGAGGGGGCGGGAGGGAAGGAGAGGAAGGGGGGAAUGGAAGAGAUGAGGGCAAAGUGGGCGCGGGAGAGGCAGAGGCGGUAUGAGAGGGUGGACCACUCACACCCCCCACAUGCCAGGGCCAGCGGUGGCGGUGGCGGGAGAGGAGGGGGAGCAGGGAGGACUGGAGAAGGGUUUGGAGGAGCAGGGGCAGGAGGAGGAGGAGGAGGAGGAGGAGCAGUGGGAAUGCGGGAUGGCAGCAGCAGGUCUCAGCGCACACGCAGCACCGAUGUGGGGCUGCUGACGGGGCGAGCAGUAGGAGCGGUGGGUGCAAACGCGCCUCUCACGCGCGCCCGCAGUGCUCGCACAGACGACCCCCUCCCUGCUCCCCCUGUUGCUGCGCCUUGUGCUGCUACUGUGGAGGGCUCGCAGUCAGGCAGCACAGGCACAGGCAGAACGCCAGGGGAAUGUGACAGCUUAGCCGGUGCUGAUGUCACAGGCGGUGGUGCUGAUGGUGCUGGAAAUGCAGAUGGUGCAGCGGGGGCAGAUGCAGCGGUGUGGCAAGCAGCAGCAGCAGGUGGCGAGGAGGGGGAGGGGAGCUGCCCGGACGAUGGGGUGGGUGGGGAGGGGCAGCGGCGCAAAGGCAAGAAGAAAUGGACCAGACUGCUGCCGGGCAAGGGGAAGGAAGGGAGGGAAGGGAAGGAGGGCAGGGAGGGCAAGGAGGGCAAGGAGGUAAAGGAGGGGAGAGAGGGGAGGGAGGGCAAGGAGGGGAGGGAGGGCAAAGAGGGAAAGGGACGGCUGCUGACAGGGGUUGGAUCCGUUAGUGGCAACGCCCUGCUGGACCCAGACGUCCUCGUUAUAGAGCAAGGAGGCGAGGUGGAGGAAGAGGAGGAGGGUGGGGGGCUAGGUGCAGAGGAGGAGGGUUCUGCCACAGGAGGAGGCGGAGGGGAAGGGGGGAUGGGCGGGGGAGCAGGGGGAGAGGGCAAGGGGCCGUGGCAGAGGGGAGUGAAGAGUGUGAAGAAAGCACAUAAGAAGCUGCGGGGGUACUUGGGUGCAGGGGAGAGCGCAGGGGGGGGGGAGGGGCAUGUGGAAAGUGGGGACGGGGGUGAGGGGGGCGAGCGGGGGGCGAGGGCGGGCGGAGCAGUGCGGGAGGGGGCGGGUGCGGGGGGUGUGGGGGGUGGAGGGGGUGUGGGUGUGGGGAGAGCGGGAGUGGGAAUGGGAGCGGAAGGGGGAGGGCUGGGGGGGCUGGGAGGGGGGAUGGGGGGGAAUCAGAGGGGGUUGAUGGCGGGGGGAAACCGGCUGAAGAAGGUGCUGAGUGCUGACUGGGGGGGUGUGUCUGUAGACGAUCUCCUUGCUUCCAUCCGCAACCCCACCCACUCCUCUGCCACCCCCGCCAGCAAUCCCACCACUACCACUGCUAACACUGCAAGCACUGCCACUGCCGCUACCAACGCUGCGAGCACUGGCAGUAGUGGCAGCGGCGGCGGCAGUGGCAGCAUUGCAAACGCAUCUGGGAUUCCAAAGGGGAAUAGAAUGGGGAGUGUUGGGGAUGGUAGCAGUGCGAGCAGUGGAGGUGGUGGCGGUGGUGGUGGUGGUGGGUGGGGAGAGCGGCGGCGGGGAAAGGACGGGGGGACAAGUGAAUUGGGGAGUGUUUCGGAGAGAGUAGAAGGGGAGGGGGAGGAAGGAGAGAGGGAAGAAAGGGAAAGAGAGGAGGGGCAGAGGGAGGAGGGGGAGUGGCAAGUGGUGGGGGCAGCAGAGUGGGAUGGGCGCGGGGCAGGUGCAGGGGAGAGUGGGGUGCAUGAGGGCAGGAAGCAGCGAGUUGGGGGGUCGGAACGGAGAGAGGCUGGGUGGGAGGUAGAGGAGGAAAACGAGAAAGAGGAGGGAGAGGAUGGCUGGGGGCUUGGAUUCGUGGGGGGAGGGGGAAGCUUCCGUGAAGGUGCAGCAGGAGGAGGGGCAGCAGCAGCGGCAGAGGGUGGUGAAGCAGAGAGGAGAGGAAAGCUAGGGGCUGGGACGAGGAGAGAGGAGGAGGGACGUGGGGGCGCUGUGCGGGUGGCAGAGGAAGAAGAGGAGGAGGAGGUGGAGGAGGGGGAAGAGGAAGGGCCCUGUGCUGCAGGCAGAACACUGAGUGCUGAGGUUGAAGGGGGGCGGAGGAGAGGAGUAGCAGCAGGAGGACGAGGGGAGAGAGGGGGAGGAAGAGAGGAGAGAGGGGAGGGGGAGGAAGAGAGGAGAGAGGGGGAGGAGGAGGAGGAGGGGUGGAGAAAACUGGGCUGUUUCAUCCUGCAGGCGUAUGUGAGGCAGCGGUCGUUCAACGGCCGCAACCCCACGGCGGAGCAGGUGUGGUCGUGGAUCCUGGGCCACGAUGAUGAUGCCGACGCUGGUGGGGAUGGUGGGGAUGGAGGAGUUGGAGAUGGGGGAGGUGAUGGGGACGGGGGGUGCGGUGACGGUGGUGCUGGUGGGGGUAAUGGUGAUGGGGGAGGCGAUGGGGGCGCGGGGGAGGGUGGUGCGGGGGAGGGGGCGGGAAGGAAGGAGGGGGAAGGCGGGGAGGGGAAGGAGGGGGAGGAGGAAGAGGAGGGGGGCGAUGCGCGGCUGACGGUUGAUCCAGUGGUGGCAGAGCAACUGGGGGUGACUCCUGAGAGGGUGGCGGAGUGGCUGUGGACGCUGCAUAAGAUAUCGGUGGACCUGGUCUUCAACCCUCCCCUCACUCUUCCCAACCUGCGCUCUCCCUCCUCCCCUCCACGGUGGACGUGGAGCGCACUGACAGGCACAUGGCGUUCUACGCGGAUCGCAGCAACCAAUGUAGUUGCUGCAUCCCCUCUCCUAUGCCUUCUCCUCCGCCCUGCUCCCUUGUUCCCCUCCUCCCCUCUCUCUCCCCUUGCAGCGGUGGACGUGGAGCGCACUGACAGGCACAUGGCGUUCUACGCGGAUCGCAGCAACCAAUGUAGUUGCUGCAUCCCCUCUCCUAUGCCUUCUCCUCCGCCCUGCUCCCUUGUUCCCCUCCUCCCCUCUCUCUCCCCUUGCAGCGGUGGACCGGUGGACGUGGAGCGCACAGAUAGGCACAUGGCGUUCUACGCGGAUCGCAGCAACCUGGCAGCCAUGAGCGACAUUCUGGCCGUGCACGUGUGGAUCGAUCCUGCCACUGGCUUCUGCCAAGGCAUGUGCGACCUGCUAUCGCCCUUCAUCAUCCUCUUCCCGCACCCCGCCGACGCCUUAUCCAUCCCACCAUGUACCAUCUUUCACCUACUGCCCCUCCUCCGUGCAGGCAUGUGCGACCUGCUAUCGCCCUUCAUCAUCCUCUUCCCGCACCCCGCCGACGCCUUCUGGUGCUUCGAAAGCCUCUUCUCCAGAAUCGUGAGUCACUCUCUUCCCCUUUGUCUCUGCUCCCUCAACCUUCCCCUUCUCUCAUCUGCUCACAUCCCCUCACUUUGCGGAUGA